AUGACCACGGCCAACUCCCAAGGGGAAACGCCAUGGCACGCCCACUUCCCCGCCCCGCGAGAGACGGACCCCAAAACCAUCACGCGCGAAGACCUGCUGAAGCGCUUUGAGCAGGGUCAGAGCGGAGGGCGGGAUUUCCUGCUCGUGGAUCUGAGGAGGAAUGAUCAUGCGGGCGGCACCAUCAAGCACUCCAUAAACCUCCCCGCACAGACGCUCUACCCCUCGCUCGCGACGGUGUACAACCUGUGCACAUCCUCCCAAAUCCCGCUGGUGAUUUUCUACUGCGGGAGCUCGCGCGGGCGCGGGAGCAGGGCCGCGGGCUGGCUGGCCGAUUACAUCGCAGACGCCAACGAGAAAGCGCGAACGUCCGGGCCGGUACUCGAGAGUGUGAUUCUCAAGGGUGGGAUCAAGGGGUGGGUGAAUGGUGGGGAGGAAUAUACGCGGUGGAUGGACGGGUUUGAGGAGGAGGUGUGGAAGAAAGGAGAUGAUGCGCAGUGA